CGCGCAGCGGCGCUGAGUGAAGCUGCGCCCUGAGGAGAAGCCGGGGCGGAGGCGGAGAGAUGGCGCUGGGCACGACCCGUGCUCCGAGAAAUAGAGAACUGGGCAAAGUUCCCAUCCUGUGGAGCUUACAGUCGGAAAAAUCCUCUACACAGAAACAAGGCUGGCAGAAUAGCAGUUGAUCCGCAGUGGGAGUCCAAAGAGUGAAGGGAGCACAACUAGAAAGACAUUCCAAAAAUGGCUGUAUGGCAUUUUGAGAUCUGGGUACCAGCUGCAGUUUUGCAGGGGCUUCUGUUCAGCUAAGAAUGGGCUGUGGACUCAGGAUGCUUAAUCAAAGCCGUGGCUCAGAAGUAGACUGUUCAGUCUCCAGCGAAGCAGAUGAGAAAUGCAAUUGGUCUCAACCAGAUGAACCAGGUAGUCUUCGAUCUCUGAGUCCUCUACUGAUCUUGCAGUGAUACCUGAAUGAAUCGCUGCUGAAUCCAGCUGGACGGGAGCCCGAGAGACUGCAGUCCUCAGCGUAGCCACAGCACAGGGCAGACCUCCUCAAAACGAUCCAGUUCUCCACAUAGUUGCAUGAAUAGCUGUCUUGCCACACCAAUGGGUGGCAAGCAUAGCACAGGGGCAGAAGCGAAGGAUGGAGAAAGCCUUGCUCUGCGAUAAGGUUUUGUUAAAAAUGCAUAGUAAGAAGCAGGCUCCAGUAAAAUACUACAUUGGAAUUGAUGUUGGGUCAGCAAGUGUUCGCGCGGCUUUGGUAGACGAGUUUGGGACAGUAGUGGCACAUGCAGAUCAGCCAAUCCAAAUUUGGGAACCCCAGCCAGACCACUACGAGCAAUCCUCUGCAGGCAUAUGGGCUGCCUGUUGCUCGGUCACAAAGAAAGUUGUCUGUGGAGUAGAUACCAGCCAGAUUCGAGGGGUUGGUUUUGAUGCAACGUGUUCCCUUGUUGUUGUGGAUAAACAGUUCCAACCUUUGGCAGUCAACUGUGAAGGACAAAACUAUAGGAAUGUUAUUAUGUGGAUGGACCAUCGUGCAGUCAGUCAAGUUGAGCGCAUCAAUGCAACGCAACAUAAGGUGUUGAACUAUGUAGGGGGAGUGAUGUCUGUGGAAAUGCAGCCGCCUAAAUUGCUCUGGAUAAAGGAAAACUUGAAAGAAUCGUGCUGGGAGAAGGCAGGCUACUUCUUUGAUCUUCCGGAUUUCUUAUCUUGGAAAGCCACAGGUGUCACUGCAAGGUCCCUCUGUACAGUAGUGUGCAAGUGGACGUACACUUCAGAUGGAGGUUGGGAUGACAGUUUCUGGGAAAUGAUCGGUUUGGAAGAUUUGGUGAAGGAUAAGUAUGAAAAAAUAGGAAACCACGUCUUGUCUCCUGGAGAGUCUGUUGGAAACGGUCUAACGCCAGAAGCUGCCAAAGAUCUGGGUCUCCCUGCAGGGAUUGCAGUAGCAGCGUCUCUCAUUGAUGCACAUGCUGGAGGACUAGGAGUAAUUGGAGCAGAUGUGAAAGGACAUAACCUGCCAUGUGAGAACCAGCCAAUUACAUCCCGUGUUGCUAUGAUCUGUGGAACAUCUUCAUGCCACAUGGGGGUCAGUGAAACACCCAUUUUUGUGCCUGGUGUUUGGGGACCUUAUUUCUCUGCAAUGGUACCUGGACUGUGGUUGAAUGAAGGAGGUCAAAGUGCUACGGGAAAACUGAUAGAUCAUGUGGUCCGAGGCCACGUCGCCUUCCCGGAAUUACAGUCAAAAGCUGCAGCCAGUGCUCACAGUAUAUAUACAUACUUGAACAGUCACCUGGAUCUGAUUAAGAAAUCUUUGCCUGUGGGUUUCCUCACUGUUGAUUUACAUGUUUGGCCAGAUUUCCAUGGUAACAGAUCUCCCUUAACAGAUCUGACACUAAAGGGCAUGGUUGUCGGACUAACAUUGUCUCGGGGUCUGGAUGAACUUGCCCUUAUCUACUUGGCUACGAUUCAAGCCAUUGCUUUAGGGACAAGACAUAUUUUGGAAGCUAUGGAGGCUGCAGGGCAUCGUAUCAACACGCUGUUUCUGUGCGGUGGGCUGAGCAAGAACCCUCUCUUUGUGCAGAUGCACGCUGACAUUACUGGCAAGCCUGUUGUCCUGUCCAAAGAAGUGGAGUCUGUUUUGGUGGGUGCUGCUAUUCUUGGAGCUUGUGCUUCUGGGGAUUUUGCAUCUAUACAGGAGGCCAUGGCGAAAAUGGGGAAAAUUGGGAGAGUCGUGCAGCCUAACCAUGAGCAUAAAAGAUUUUAUGACAAGAAAUACCAAGUGUUUCUGAAACUCGUGGAGCACCAGAGAGAGUAUCGCUCCAUCAUGAACAGCUGCUAAUCCAGAGGCACGUCGUCUGGGAAACAACAGGGAUAACGAAUUUCCAGAUGCUAUUGAUGAGGGUAAUUUCUUCUCACUGUACUGUCCGUGGUAAAAAUAUACUUUUAUCAUGUAAAGUGCGCGUUUUAAUUUUUAAUGAGAAAUAAAACACAUUCACUUCACUGUGAA